CAAAAAAAAUAUGGAUAAUAAUAACCCAUAAACAACUGAAAAAGAAACUGUAUAUAAUCAUGUGCAAUAAAAUUAAUAAUAAAAUACCAUAAAUUAGACUACCAAUAAUAUAUAAAACCAGCAAUAAAAUUAGCAAAGAUAGUAAAAUCAAUAAUAACCAAGAUCAUUUUCUUCAUUAUUCUAUAUCUUAUUAAUUUUUUUAGCAUAUAAUAUGAUAUCAGGCUUUUUCUAUAAUCCUCCUAUAGGUGAAAAAGGUGUAAUAUCCAAUUUAUUUUAAAGCGAUGAUUACUUGACUUUAUAAUUCACAAUUGAAAAAGGAAAAAAAACAUUAUAUGAAAUUAGUGAAAAAAACCUAUAAUAUAAUUACUAUUCAUAAUUCAAUAAGACAUUAACAUUUUAGCCUGAUGAGUUGUUUACAAAACCUUAUCCAGUAGUUCAUGUAUCAAUUCUAAACCGAAACAGAACAGGGUUAGUAUUCGCAUCAUAAGACUUAAUAGUCGAAAAAGAAAAGAAAUUAAAAAAGUCAGUUCAAAAUCUACUAUCUAAUAACACAUAAGCAACAAAUGAAAAUGUUCACAAAAAAAAUUAAACAAAAGAGCCUCAUUAUCGUUCUAAAUUUUUCAUUUAAUUAAUUCAUGAUACUAAUAAUUAUAAAUUAGGCCAAAUACCUCCUUAAUUAAUAAAAUUUUUAGAAAUCGAUAAAAAAACGAAAAAAUAUAAACCAAUCCUAGAUUUAUCCUAAUUUUGGGUAAGAGAAUAAGAUUUAUUAUGUAAAUAAGAUUCAGAAGAAGGAACUGUAUAAGAAAAUAUAUAAUAAUAUAAUAUAACAUUCGAAUAUUUCAACUAUUGGAACAUUAAAUAUUUAAUGAUAAAUUAACUUGAAGAAUCUCUAAAACUUCAAGAUCAAUAUGGAUUAUCAGAUGAUUCAUCAAUAGAUUAAAUAAAGGAAAUGUUAAUAGAAACAAAUCCUUAUUAUCUUUCCUUAACUUUCACAGUUUCUUUAUUACAUUCAGUUUUUUAAUUUUUGGCUAUAAAAAACGAUAUUUCUUACUGGAAUAAUCUUUAGGAAUUCCAAGGAUUAUCUUUAAGAAGUUUAUAUACAGGUCUGAUUUUCGAAAUUAUAGUAUUCUUGUAUUUACAUGAUAGUGAAAAUACAAGUUAUGUUAUUUUAAUAAGCUCAGGUAUUGAAAUAAUUGUUACUAUUUGGAAAAUUGUAAAACAGCUUAAUGCAAAAGACGAGCAGAUGGAAAAUUUCCUUAUUUUUAAGCUGAUCAUGAGAAUUAAUAUAACUACUGAAGAAUAUGAUAAAACAGCCUGCAAAUAUUUAUAUAUUGCUUUUUUCCCUCUUUUUAUAGGAUAUACUAUAUAUUCUUUAAUGUAUGAAGAGCAUAAAGGGUGGUAUUCAUUCUGUGUUACAACCUCAGUUGGAUUUAUUUAUCUUUUUGGAUUUAUUAAUAUGACUCCUUAACUUUAUAUCAAUUAUAAACUUAAAAGUGUAGAACAUCUUCCUUGGAGAACAAUGAUUUAUAAAUUCCUUAAUACUAUUGUUGAUGAUUUAUUUGCUUUUGUUAUUACUAUGCCACUUCUAAAAAGACUUUCUUGCUUUAGAGAUGAUGUUAUUUUUAUAAUUUAUUUCUAUUAAAGAUAUAUCUAUUAAGUUGACCAUAAAAGAACAGAGUAUGGAUUUAAGAAAGAAGAUAUUGUACCAUCUUAGUAAAAACCAAAAUAGGAUUGA